AUGAUCUGGACCACCGCAAUCUUAUGCCUUCUAGCCUGGUCCACCCUCAACUUCAUCCAAAAGCUGCACCGAAACGUGCGCAUCGCCCAGCGCACAGGUCUCCCCUACGUGGUCUUCCCCCUCAAAAGCACCGGCGUCAUCGUAUCAAUUCUCUUUACCACGAAAUGGGCCCGCUAUAUCGUGGACCAGUGUCUUCCUGGCUGGCUCGCUGACGCAGUCAACGAUAACACGUUCGAUAAGCGAUGGACGGGGAAGAAUCGCCAGUCUAAGCGUCGCGGUUCGGUGCAUGUUGUUGUUAACCCCGAUGGGGUUAUGUGUCGCGUUGGCGAUGCUGAGGUCGCUGCUUAUGUGUUCAAUGCGCGACAGGACUUUCCGAAGCCGACUUGGAUGUAUGAUGUUCUUGGUUUGUAUGGGCCGAAUCUCGUUACGUGCGAAGACACCGAAUGGGCGCGCCAUCGCCGCCACACGGCGACGGCAUUUAAUGAGAAGAACAACGCACUCGUCUGGACCCAAUCAAUCCGGCAGACAACCGAGAUGAUUGAGCACUGGCGCGAUCGCACAUCUCCCGCGGAUGCAUCCAUCGACGCAGUGACAGUGCGCACCAGCAGAGAGGACAUCCUGAAGUUCACGCUGAACAUCUUCUCCAGCGCUGGGUUCGGCGUGCACAUGCCGUUUAAGCCCGUCCCGCAGGAGGCGGCCACCGCGCCGGACGAUAUCUUCAAAGAUACUGUGCCGCCGGCGCCGGGGUUUGACUAUACGUUUAGGGGAGUCGUCGCGUACAUGAAUACACACUUGAAGGCUGUUUUGGCGGCUAAUAUGGUCUUGCCUGCUUGGACGCCUAGGGCGCUGGUGCCGUUUUUCAAGCAAGAGUUUGCGGCGUAUCGGGAUUUAGGGGCUUAUUUGCACAAAUUGGUUGCUAGGGGCGAGGCAGCGAGAGUUGUGGGCGAUCGGGAGAGUAAGUCGGACUUGUUGCAGGGGAUGCUCGCUGCUAGGGACUAUGCGAGGAGGGCUGGUCCGGCGGAGAGGGGGUCUAAAGAUGUUGGUUUUUCUGAUAGCGAGGUCGUUGGCAAUGCGUUCAUCUUCAUUGUUGCUGGACACGAGACCGUUGCAACGACGCUGAGAUAUGCCCUGGUGCUACUGGCUCUGAACCAGGAUGCCCAGGAUUGGCUAUAUGAGGGCAUUGUCGAGGCCACGCAGGACGCUUCUUCCGACCCAGCGAGCUGGGAUUACGCCGAUAUGUUCCCCAAACUGGUCGCCCCGCUCUGCAUUAUGCUGGAAACCAUGCGCCUGUACCCACCCGUAACGAGCAUCCCCAAAUGGACAGGCAACACCCCAAGCCGCCUCGUCCACGGUGACAAAACCUACGUGCUCCCCCCUAAAGUGAGCGUCACACUGGACGCCAACGCCCUACACUAUUCCGAAGAGUACUGGGGCAACGACGUACGCGAUUUCCACCCCCAGCGAUGGGACGCGCGAAACAAGGACAGUUUUCUAGCCCAGAACGCGGACCUGCCUGGCCUUUCUGUCCCCGGGCUCGAAUAUCGCAGUGUCCAUAAACCCGUCCGCGGCGCGUAUAUCCCCUUCAGUGAUGGAUUCCGUGCCUGUUUGGGGAAGAAAUUCGCGCAGGUGGAGUUUGUGGUUGCCAUGGCUGUGCUUUUUGGGAGGUAUCGCGUGGAGCUGGAGGAUAAUACUGUGAAGGGGCGUAUGGAUGCUGAGAGGGUGCUGGGGGAGAGCUUGACUGUGCUGACGCUGGCUAUGCAGGAGAGUGUACCGUUGAGGUUUGUGAGGCGAUAG